GUGUUAUGUUCAUUACUUACUUGGUGCUGGCAUCGCCCUCAUUACUGUAUUUUUAUUCUUCACUGUGGCAUCUGGAAAUUUUCACCGUGUAUGCUUAAUUGUUAAUUCGUUUUCACGAUGAGCGAAGAGUCAGAUCCAAACCCGCUGGCGGCCUUGUCACCUCCGCAUUGGGUGAUUAGCGAUACUGAUCAUGGUGGAUAUGUGGUUAUAGCAAACUGGACGAUGAUGUGUUUUAUGGUUAUCACAGUCAUUGUCCGCCUGCUCAGGAAGUUAUCCAUCAGGUCAUGGAGCCUUGAUGAUAAUCUGAUUGCAGCUGCUGGUGCAUUUGGACUGAUACAAUGCGGCAUACUUCAUAAAGCAGUCCUAGCUGGUCUUGGACGCCACGAAUCAAGCCUACUCGACGGCGAGAUAGAUAUGUACAACAAAUAUAACUACACAUACCAGAUUCUAUUUAUCAUAACGACCGUCCUGGCCAAGAUGUCGCUGCUCCUUUUCAUCACAAGAUUGACACCAAACGUGGCCACAAUUAGAGUGGGAAGGAUCAUUCUAUGCCUCAUUGCUACAUGGGGAGUUGCGACUGUCAUUGCAUUUGCAUUCCAGUGCUCCUUGCCACAACCAUGGAACAACAUCUCUGGUGUCUGCAAAAACCAGGCUGCACUAUACUACGCUGCCGGAAUCAUUGAUAUCAUCACAGACAUCGCCCUUACCAUUCUGCCAGUUGUCAUCCUCUGGGGUGUCCAGAUCCAGCGAAGAAAGAGGGCGAUAGUGAUGCUGGUGUUCAUGGCCAGAAUGCUUGUAUGCCUUGCAGAGAUCCCGCGAUUGAUCUAUUUGUCGCGAUACAUUGGAUCUACUGACAAACCCUGGUACGGCGCCAAUGUGGCAAUUUGGACACAGGCAGUUACGCACCUCAGCAUUGUCACAGCUUGUAUUCCCAGCCUACAGCACCUUUUGGCGAGCAUGCAAUCCGGCGUCUUCAACACGGCCCUCCCAGCUGGCUUUGAGGGUGGGCUCUCCUACACGCUUGAGUCUACUGGUAGUGGAGGCAUGUCACGCGAACUAUACGGCUCAAAGAGGGUCGGGACAACGCGCACAACGGUCGAGUCUGGCACACAGCCACCGCGAUCGGAGAGCAAGACGCGCCUGGUAGUGGAUGGGGGCAUUUACAAAACAACGGAGUUCGUGCUGAACAACGUAGACAACGAUCAAGAUAGCGGAGCGCGGAAGCGGGGCCCGCCGGCGGGACGCACCGGCUGAACACAGCCCGCUGUCAUUUUGCAGGCUAAGUGUGGUAGUGGACGGUACAGUGGCUAGUCUAGUGUUUAUUGCUAGAAGUAACGCAGAGUGGUCUGGUUGGAUCGGUAUCAAUAGCGCGGAG